UGCGAGUGCACAACCCGCCUCCCUCCUUUCAACACAGCUAGCGUUACUGUUUUAUGUUUUCUUGUUGUUCCGUCUUCCCUAUCCUUCUUUUUCAUUUCGUUUCGUUUUCUCUCUUUCUCCCAUUCUCUCAACUAUCGCACAAUCUGCAGUCCCGAAUUCCCCUUGUGUCACUUUUACUGUCUCCGGCGCUGAAAGCCUUCCUUUGGGCCCCCAUAUUUUCUUGCUAGAACCCAAUUACUCAGAGAACAUGAUUUCCGACGACGAUGUCGAAAAGGCCAGAGAUCUGGACCCCACCACUGCCACGGCAUCACCGGCCGACCGUGAGAAGGUCGAACCUGGGAAAGCACUCGAAGGUACUUAUGGUGAACCAGAUUCGGAUCACGAGGAGGUAGAGGUAAUGGACAAGGGCCAUUUAGACGAUGUAGCAAGACAACUCGCUGUGGCAUCUAUCAGGGCUGGCUCCCGGAGAGACGAGAAUGAUAUCCAAAGAGUAAUUUCCAAAUCAAGCUCGAAGAGUAAACUAUCGAGGAUAGCCACCAACCUCACCCCCAAAAGCAAGAAACCACGACUUGCCCCGGAGCCUUUACCUUUGUCCGAUUUAGACAAUGGAAUUGUGGGGUGGGAAUCCCAAACCGAUGAAUCCAUGCCUCUCAAUUUCCCUGAGACUAAGAAAUGGCUUUUGAUAUCAUUGCUCUCAAGCAUCACGUUUAUCUCUCCUCUGGCUUCUUCUAUGUUUGCUCCUGCCGUAUCCUUCAUGGACGCCGCAUUUCACAACGACUCUCUCCUCUUGAGCUCCCUAGCCGUGUCGAUCUUUGUGCUGGGCUUUGUUUGUGGCCCUCUUCUGCUGGCCCCAUUGUCCGAGAUAUAUGGCCGCAGAUUCGUCCUAACUGGCGCAAAUGUCUUUUUCUGCGUGUGGCAAAUCGGGGCUGCAUUAUCUCCCAAUCUCUCCGCGCUGAUAGUCUUUCGAUUCUUGGCUGGAAUUGGGGGAUCCGGAUGUUUGACAAUCGGUGGCGGCGUGAUUGCAGACCUCUUUCAUCCUGAUCGUCGUGGUCUUGCCUCCUCAGUCUACAGCUUCGGGCCUUUGUUUGGUCCAGUCGUUGGUCCAAUCUGUGGUGGCUUUAUUUCCCAACGAAUUGGCUGGAGAUGGGUAUUUUGGGUCCUCCUGAUCUCUGGUACCUGUGUUACCAUUGGAAUCGAGCUUCUGAACAGAGAGACCAACCCAAGAGUUUUAAUCCGUCGAAAAGUACGGCGGCUCCAAAGAGAACUCAACCGCCCAGAGCUGCGUAGUUGCUAUGACACAGAUACUCAGCAACAUACCCCAGCUCAAAUUCUCCUCAAUGGGAUUGUCCGGCCGCUCAAGAUGCUGUUCUUCUCCCCAAUUAUAUUCCUCCUCAGUUUGUACAUGUCAGUCGCUUAUGGCCUUCUAUAUUUGCUCUUCACGACUAUCACUCAAGUAUUUAUUGAAACUUAUGGCUGGGACCCUGAUAUAUGUGGUUUGGCCUACAUUGGUCUUGGAAUUGGCUUUCUCUGCGGUCUCGUUCUUGUUGCAAGACUGUCCGAUGCUACCGUGGUCAGAAUGACGAAAGCAAACGAUGGCGUAUUCGAGCCCGAGAUGCGUCUUCCUGCUUGCAUUUUCUUUGCCUGCUGGCUUCCGGUGACAUUCUUCUGGUACGGCUGGUCUGCUGACGAGGGCGUUCACUGGAUCGUUCCCGUGAUAGGUCUUGUUCCAUUUGGCUUCGGCAUGAUGGGUAUCUUCAUCCCCAUACAAACGUAUACCAUCGAUUCCUUCCCUGCAUUUGCUGCCUCUGGCAUCGCGGCUCUCACAGUCUCGCGUUCCCUCUUUGGCGCUUUCCUUCCGCUGGCUGGGCCGUCAAUGUACCAAGCCCUUGGUCUUGGUUGGGGAAACUCUGUAUUGGGUUUCAUCGCAAUAGCGCUGAUUCCUGCACCUUUAAUGAUUUAUAAGUUUGGUGGCAGGAUUAGGAAGAACCACCCUGUCAAGUUAUGAGGCAUUUCUUCCGUGAUAUCACUUGGCUGCGUGGCAAUUUAGGCGUUUCCUCCUUCAUAAUAGCAGCGAGGAGCAUUUACUGUAAUUGAUCAUGAUUAUGUCAAAGAGCAGAUCCUACGUUAUACUGCUAUGAUUAGAGAUGAAAUAAAGUAGGUGCAAUCAUAAGUAUCC